UUCUACUUCUAGUCAUAGAUGAGAUGAGAAAGAAUAAAACCCAAAAUAUACUCUUCUAAUUAACGGAUAUUCCAACAAUAUACCCCACGAAUAUUCUAUCCUUUACGGUUAUAAUAAUAUCACUAUCUAUCUAUCUAUCUAUCUCCAAUUCCAAACCCAUUUACAACAAUUCAAUUCAAUUCAAUUUCUUACUUACUAUGAAAUUCGGAAAGAGUCUGAACAAUCAGAUCGAGAAAACUGUUCCCCAAUGGCGUGACAAGUUUCUCUCUUACAAAGAAUUGAAGAAGAAGUUAAAGCUUGUUGAACCAAUCAUCAUCAUUAGCAGCAAUGAACGCCCUUCAAAACGUGCUAGAAUCGAUGGAGAUAUUUCUAAUGAAGAAACCGAUUUUAGAAACUCUCUUGAAAAUGAACUCAACAAAUUCAAUACUUUCUUUCUUGAGAAAGAGGAAGAGUGCAUUAUAAGACUCAAGGAGUUACAAGAUUGUGUGGCAAAAGGAAAGGGUUCGAAUGAACAAAUGAUGCAAAUUCAAAAGGAUAUUGUAGAUUUCCAUGGAGAGAUGGUCUUGCUCCAAAACUACAGCUCCAUUAAUUACACAGGCCUCGUAAAAAUACUAAAGAAGUAUGACAAGAGAACCGGAGCUCUCAUUCGCUUGCCUUUCAUUCAGAAGGUCUUGCAAGAACCAUUCUUUGCCACUGACCUGCUCUACAAGCUUAUAAAAGAGUGUGAAACAAUGUUGGAAGGUCUUUUCCCGGCCAACGAUCCUCGGGCUUUUGGUGAGACAGAUGAACUGUGCAACGGUCCUUCUACUUCCACAAGUACAGUGAGCGAUGAUCUUGUCAUACCAAAUGAGAUAGCAGAAAUGCAAAGCCUCUAUAUGAAGAGUACCAUUUCGGCUUUGCAUGUUCUGCAGGAAAUUAGAAGUGGAAGCUCAACUGUUAGCAUGUUUUCUUUGCCACCAUUGGAAGAAACAUGGAACAAAAUUUCUGUUUUGGAACAAACAGCUAGACUAGUUUAGUUGUUUAAGUGUUAUUUUUAUUUUUAUUUUUAUUUUUCUAUAUAAAAUUUAAUGCCUCUGUCAUAGCAUACCACAGAUAGAUACCAACAUGGAUGCAUGAUGCUGAAUUAGUGAAAAUAUUGAUUGAUAUAUA